AUGAGACGAACGUAUAGAUCCAAAAAGGAUGCCGGUGGUGGUUUAGAACAUAAAAAUUUACUGUCUACAAUAGACUCUAAAAGUUCUCUUUUCGAUGCCUUUUACAUUCAAAACAUAAAGCAAACUAAGCGCGAAAUGUCUUGUAUGGGUUCUUCUAAUCACAGCAACGUCGCCCCUUAUAAGGUUUGCAAAAAAAAGUAUGUCAAGAGAAUUUUAAAAGAUGUCUCAACACGGGAGGAGUCGCUUCGAGAUUCUAUAUCUCAAUCAGCAUACCUGACACCUGACAAAUCUUUACAUGUAAAUAAGCCUCCAGACCCGUUCGAUCUGUUGUUGAAAUCUUCCCCCGCAGUCACUGGCAGCCCUAUAUUAUCAUUCAAUGUCAAGGGAAAAAAAUAUAGUAGAAAGAAAACAACAAAACUAAAGAAAUUUAACUGUAGAAAUGAUGACAAUACAGAUUCAGAUAAAGAAAACACCAAAGCUAAAUUUAGCGAUUCUUCUCAAAAUGUGACUGAUUUAAAUUUUCAUAGAUUAAUAAUCGAACAAGAAAAUGCAAAAAAUGAUGAAUCUAUUUAUACUAUAGUAAAAAAAAUGCCCCUUUUUUCAAGUGAGAUUAGAAGUACUCAGAAAAAAGGCAUAACAGACAACCAUAGACUGACUUCGACUGUAAAUUUUAAAUCUCCAGCAAUUAAAAAUUCUCCAUUCUGCAGUACUCCGUUUCAAGAAAAAUAUAGAAGUAAAUCAAUUUAUAAUUUUUCGCCAAUUAUAAUGAAUAUCAAUGACAGUCCAAAAGUCAGUUUAAAUGAUACAAAUAAAUGUAAGAUUCAUAAAAGAAUUAAUUUUAGUGGAAAUAAUACAUGUGAUGAUUCUCAGCAUUCCAUGACGCAUGCUCAACCUUUACUUGAUAUAAAUUCACCAACUAAUGAUUAUAGCUGUAAUUUAGAAGAUAAAGUAAUCAAACAAAUAAAUGGAAGUAAAACUAAAAAGAAUUAUGAACUAUCUGAUGUGGAUCAUGAAAAUAAUACUAUUUUUUAUACCACUGAAGCAGAACCUUUUUAUGGAUUUGCUCUUAGAUCAGUUACAAAGGAAAUUGAUAAUAAUGAUAAUAAUAUUCAAAAGGAAAGUACAAACAAUAAUUCAUUUAAAAAUUCUUCAGUAAGUAUUCUAACCAGAUCUUUUUUAGGAUUUGAUAAUGUUGAAAUUCAAGACUUAGCACAUGCAAAUAAAGUCUCAAAUAUUUUAAGCCCUAAAAAAAUUGACAGAGUAACUAAUCUUUCAGUGGAUACUUCUGUUAAUUGUAGCUUAUAUGCUAUUAAUAAUAGCAUUAAUAGAGAAAAUAUUUCUGUCAUUGAUUAUUCUUUACUACAAGAUAAUAUAACAAAGGAAAAUGUUAUGAGUAGUAAAAACUUGAAUAUGAAUGAGAGUGAUAAAACAGAUGACAUCAAUACAGAUUCAUCAAAGUCUGAAGAGAUAGCUUCGCAGUCACUUUAUGAUACUUGCAAUAGUGAUGAAUCUUCUAUUAACAAUGAUAAAAUUGUAUAUUGUGCUAAGCCUAUAGUUAUAUUAGAGAGAAUGAAUAAUUCUGUAUUUUACAAGUAUUAUAACAAAGUGGAAAAUAACACAAUGCAAAAAGAAGACUCAGACAUAACCCACAGUUCUAGUGGUAAUUACUCUCACUUUGAGGGAAAAGAUAUACCAACAGACAUAUUCAGUGAAUCAUGUGUUAUGGGCAAUGAAAAUGAUGACAGUGCUUAUUCUGAUUAUAAUAUUUCUAAAGAAAGAAAAGCUGGCUUAGAAUGUGAUGAAGAUAUUAAAUUAAAUAAAAGUGAAGAAGAAGAUAGAUGUGUAAGUUUUGUCACAACUAGAAGACGAAAUGAGAUUACAAAUAAUUCAUUAAUAUUUAUUUGUGAUAAUUCUUAUGGUAGCACUAGUAGUGUUGAUGUUGAUAAGACUGUUAUUUCCAACUGCAAAGAUGAAUUACAUUCUGAAAAUAAUAACAAUGAUAAUUUAACACCAAAAACAGAACUCAUUGCUUAUGAAAUAGCUUCAAAUAAUGAACUAUCCAACACAAAUCAAGGUAAUUCUAAACCAUUGUCAGAAAACAUCAAUGUGGUAGAUUUGCUUAGUGCGACAAAGAGAAAUAACACAUCCAUAAGAGAAAGUAAUAACGUAAAAUUAGACAGUGAUAUUGGAAGUGAAUUAAAACUGCCUAUAGUGCUACAACCAGGCAAAAAAUGGGAAAGAUCUUUAAGUAUAUACAAGAGAAUGACAACAAUGGCUGAUAACUUUGAUCAUUCAAUCUUAGAUAAUGAACCAAUGGAAUGUAAGGGAAGAAAGUAUAGACAAAGUGUAAUCAGUACCAUGGAAAUGCAAAAAUGCAAAGGUUCCCUCCACAAUGAAUCAGUUAAUAGCAGAAGAAGUACAUUUGUUUGUAAACCAAGCAGAACAACAAUUAAAAUUGUAAAAGAAAACAGGUAUUCACGAGCGAGUUUAUGUUCUACUACCAUAUAUGACGAUUUAAAAGCCUCUUUCUACGCCUUUGUUCAACAAAAAGUGUUUAAAGCCAAGUGCAUGUAUCUUUCCCUGCAAUACACAGGAUUUCUGUCCGACGACUGUGAUGAUACGAUCGUCGAAUUAUCAAAAUUGUCGAUUGGUGAUUCUGAACACGAAGUUACUGUAUUAGAAAAGUUUCAUGACACGAGUCGAAUAGCUACUGCACGCGAUUACGUACUACGGCGCUGCAAUCAAACCGAGGCUAUACUGUUUGAUGAAUGCUAUCCAGAUACGGAACUGAAGAACUGCCACAAGAUUGGCGAGGGUGUUUAUGGAGAAGUAUUCCUGUGGCGAGCUCGCGAUGGCCGUGCACGUGUUCUAAAAAUCAUCCCUAUAGCUGGGGAUAUAAAGGUCAAUGGGGAGCCGCAAAAGGGAUACCACGAAAUUAUUUCUGAGAUUGUGAUUGCUAUGGAAUUGAGCGCUUUGCGCGCUCCUAUAGCUGAAAUAGAAAAACGCUUCGAUGAGGGAAAGGAAAUUGAUGCAUUGGAUUUACAUUCUGUAGAGAACGCCACUGAUAUCUUUAAUGAGGUUCUAGCAGUGCAGUGUGUCUAUGGGGGCUACCCAUCUCGUCUCCUGGACUUGUGGGAUCUGUAUGACGAGUGCAAAGGCUCGGAGAACGACAAUCCAGCAAUAUUGCCAGUUGAUCAACAUUAUAUUGUGCUGGAGUUGGCCAACGCGGGUCAGGAUCUCGAGAGUUACCAGUUCAAUAGCGCCGAGCAGGCGCAUGCGCUCUUUCUGCAGAUAGCUUUUGGUUUAGCCGUGGCUGAAGAAGCGUUCCAGUUCGAACAUCGCGACUUGCACUGGGGCAACGUGCUAAUAUUGCCUACUGAUCAAAAGUUCGCUACGUUUGUGCUUCGUGGCCGCACACACCGCAUUGGUUGUUGCGGUGUGCGGGCGACAAUAAUCGACUACUCGCUGUCGCGUCUGUCGCUUCGCGGCGGCGCGCUCUUCUGCGACCUGUCGACGGACGAAGCUCUCUUCGACGCGGUCGGCGACCGCCAGUUCACCGUGUACCGCCUCAUGCGCGAGCGUCUCUGUAACGACUGGAAGAACUUUGAGCCCUACACAAACAUACUUUGGUUGGAUUACAUUGUUGAUAAAAUGAUAACAUCCCUCCGUUACAAGAGGACCAAUACAAAGAUACAUAAGCACUAUACUGCCAAGCUCAAGGCUAUCAAGCAUCGAAUCCUAGACUACGGCAGCGCUGCCCAAUUUGUACUAACUGACAACGAAUUUUAA